GUCUCCCCCACUCCCAGCCCUGCCCGGACCCUGGGCCCGCCGGCCGGUCGCUCCCUCAGGUCCCGAAGGUGGGGCCUUGGCCUGGGUUACCAUGGAUACCAUGUCCCUGGAGCAUCAGAUUCAGAGCGUGCAGCGACACAUCAGCUUCCUGAAAAAGGAACAGAUGGCACUACUUCGAGACCUGCACCUGGAAAUUCUGAGGCUGCAGAAACGCUGCUCAGAACUGACCCAUGACCUGGAAAUGAGAGAAGCCCAAUCUCACCAGCAAGAGGAGGCGUCCCGGGAGCUGGAGAGCAAGUGCCGCGCGCUGGAGUCGCAGCUGGCGGCACGGACCGCCGCCAACGCAGAGCUGCGGCGGGAGGUGGCGCAGCGCGAAGUUCUGGUGUCCGCGCUGCGGUGCAGCCUGCCGUUUCUGAAGCUUCGAGCUCUCCCCUCUCGCGAGGGAGUUCCUCUGCGGGGCUGA